UGCGUCACUGGCAACUGGGCUGGGAGCCUGAUACUCCGUAGAGUGUCCCAAUCUUCCGUAGGACUCUUCAACCAGAGAAGACCAUUUGGCGUAGACAGCUCCAGCUCCAGCUCCAGCUACCAAUGUUUAUCUGACCGUCUGCACAAGGUCAAAGCCAUAGGUAGCGCACCGGGGAAACGGCACAACCGCCCUUUUGUUAUGCAAACUUCCCCUCUGCAGAACAUGGACCACCCAUGCGACCGAGUUCUCUCCGUCGCCUGUUGGUCAAAGCAAGACCCCUCAGGUAUCUCUCUCGACCCCUUCUCGCCCCUCUUCGCCCCCUCAGGUACGCCGCCAGCUCUCCACUGA